CGGAUUAGGACACCGACACAAUGCGCCUGUGCCGUGAAUGCGUAACGUUCCGCGUCGAUUCCAUCUGCCAAGUCUUGCCACAUCGGACUGCCACAUAGAAGUGAGACGCGUAUGCCUUGGCUGUCGCAUCACUAUGUCGCAUCUUCGAAGCCCGGGACCCGAUACGCGAGAAGAUAUGAGAACGAUGCGAGGGACAUGGGAUAGAGGGCAUAGUAUUACAAAUCGACACGAUCAUCACCGCGCGCGAGAGUUCCAACAUACAGGACAAUUUCACAAUGUAGCGAAACCAUCUAUUAAUCCCUGCCAGUGCAAGGACAAGAACGGAAGAUUAAGCAAGACAAUUAAAAAGCAUUCGGAUAAUUUGUUGAUAAAAUGAUUUAAAAAAAUAUAGAGGGAUCCAUA